GAGCUAGCUAGCUAGGCAGACAAACUCAACCACUCAAUGGCGCACAUAAUAACCAUCUUGGGGGUAGUGAUGGCGGCCACAGCGGUGGCGAUACUGACAUCGCCGCACCUUGCUGGAGCAGGAAUUUCUCCCGAGGAGGCGCAAGGCAUGCCCAACUGCGACAUCACCUGCGGCAACAUGAUCGUGCCAUACCCGUUUGGCAUGGGCCCGGAAAGGUGCUACUGGCCGGGGUUCAACCUCACCUGCAACCGCACAAGCAACCCCCCGCGGUUGCUGCUCGGCGACGGCACCCUCCAAGUCAAAGAAUUCUCCCUCACAAACUGGUCGACGUUUGUGGCCGUCAUACGCACGGGCGACAUAAAAGUCGACGGCAAUGGUGAAGGCACGCUCGACGGUGGUCUUACCACCAAUGGGCCCUACACGAUUUCAUCCAACAAGCUCAUCCUGACGGGCUGCAAUGUUCAAGCGACACUCAAGAACGGCGACGUUACCGUGAGCAGCUGUUCUUCUGUAUGUGAAAACGGUGAUGGACCCUCCCAUGUGCGAUCCACACUCGAAGAAGGCAUGCAAUGCUCUGGCAAUGGCUGCUGCCAGUCGGACAUUGUCUUCGACCCUGCGGAGGUACCAGGAAGGCUUGCCAGCAGCACGUCCUACGACGUGCAGCUCAAAUGGUUCGGCUGGAACCGCAGUGCGGACCACCAGUGGCCGGCACAUGUCUUCGUUGCGAGGUACGAUUGGUUCAGCCAUACACUAUUACAAACAGAUGCCCCUGUGUCAGCGGAUGCAAUGCAAGUUCCCAUGUUGCUGGAUUGGGAGGUCGUUGGCCAUGGCGCAGAAUGCUCCAACGUCUGCAAGAGCAAGCACCGUGAGUGCAUAAAGCGUAAGAGAGGCUACGUAUGCUUAUGCAAGGAUGGCUACCAAGGGAAUCCCUACAUCACCAACGGAUGCAAAGAUAUCGACGAGUGCAACGAACGGGACCCUAAGUGCUAUGGCGAUUGUACCAAUUCGGAUGGAAAAUAUGAUUGCCGGUGUCCGCCAGGAACCCAUGGCGAUGCUACCAAGCCCGAUGGUUGCUUCAUCAAUUUCGUCCCAGGUAACUGCAGCUCAUCCUGUGGUGACAUAAAUGUGCCGUACCCCUUUGGAAUUGGUUCUGCCGGUUGCUACUGGCCCGGGUUCAACCUUGCCUGCAAUACAAGCCAACGACCACCAAAGCUACUUCUCGUCCUCAAUGAGUACCCCUUCCACGUCACGGGGAUCUCCCUCGAGAACAACACGGUGCGCCUCAGCACCUACACCAUCACGCAUAUUGACCCCAGCGACUCAACUAUACUGUUAUACUCCGUACUUGACAUUUUCUCGAGUACGCCCUACUCACUAUCGACCCGCAACGAGUUCAUCCUGUCCGGCUGCAACAUUCAGGCGACGCUGACCGGGGGUGGCCCUGAGGUUUUCAUCAGUGGUUGUGCCUCCUUCUGCCCCUCCAAUGUAAGUCGCACCGAUGUCCAGACGGCACUGCCUCGUAGAGGAAGAUACUGCAAUGGGAUGGGCUGCUGUCAGGCGAAUAUCCCAAUGUCUUCCGGUAACAUUUCCUUGUCGAUGACACUUAAAGAAUUCGACAAGAAUGACCACCAGAAUUGGACGACACAGCCCGCGUACAUGGUAAUCGCAGAGGAGGGGUGGUUCGAUCAGCAACAGCUGUCCAACGAGAUGGCAGGGCAGGAGGGAUCUGAAAUACCCAAGGUGCACGUUCCCCUAGUUCUGCAAUGGGAGGUCGUCGAGGGCUUACCGCGACCUGCUGACAUGAAGUCGCAUCCGGAAUGUCCAGCCGAGGUAGCCCGCAAGCUGUGCAAGAGCAAGAACAGCUACUGCAAACGAGGGAGCAGAGGCUAUUUAUGCCAGUGCAAGAAUGGCUUCGACAAGCGGGGCAGCAACCCCUACCUCUCCGACGGAUGCAAAGGUGGCCGCAAGCCCUUAUCUACAGGUAUAUACCUCGGCAUAGGAGUUUCUGUUGGUGCAGGCAUCAUACUUUUUGUUCUUGCUGGAUCGUUCACACAUAAGAAAUUCAAACAUCGAAGAGCGCAGAUGUUGAAACAGAAGUUCUUUGAAAAAAACCGUGGACAACUGUUGCAACAAUUGGUAUCACAAAGAGCUGAUAUUGCGGAAAGAAUGAUUAUAACCUUAGAUGAGCUUGAGAAGGCAACAAACAAAUUUGAUAAAGCUCGCGAGCUUGGUGGUGGGGGGCAUGGUACAGUAUACAAAGGGAUCCUAUCAGAUCUCCAUGUUGUAGCCAUCAAGAAACCAAAGGCGGCAAUUCAAAAGGAGAUUGAUGAAUUCAUUAAUGAGGUUGCUAUCCUAUCACAGAUCAAUCAUAGAAAUGUUGUAAAACUCUAUGGUUGUUGUCUUGAAACAGAGGUCCCCAUGUUGAUCUAUGAGUUUAUAUCCAAUGGUACCCUGUAUGAUCAUCUUCAUGUUGAUGGACCAAGAUCAUUGUCAUGGAAUGAUAGACUACGGAUAGCAGCUGAGACUGCCAGAUCUUUAGCCUAUCUUCAUUCAACAGCUUCAGUACCCAUCAUUCAUAGAGAUAUCAAGUCUGUUAACAUACUUCUGGAUGACACUCUAACAGCAAAGGUCGUGGACUUUGGAGCUUCAAGAUAUGUUCCGGUGGAUAGAUCAGGGAUCACAACAAGAGUACAAGGUACAAGAGGAUAUCUAGAUCCCAUGUAUUUCUAUGCCGGGCGUCUCACGGAAAAAAGUGAUGUGUACAGCUUUGGUGUCCUGCUUCUGGAGUUGUUGACUAGAAAGAAACCGUUUUCAUACAUCUCUUCUGAAGAUGAAGGCCUUGUCGCACAUUUUUCUACCUUAUUCACACAAGGCAAUUUGUCAGAGAUAAUAGAUCCACAAGUUAUGGAAGAGGGAGGCAGAGAAAUGGAAGAAGUCGCAGCACUUGCAGUAAUGUGUAUAACAUUAAGAGGAGAGGAUCGUCCGUCGAUGAAGCAAGUGGAGAUCAAACUCGAAGGCACUCAAGCGUCCAGGGGGCAUGAGGAGGGCACUGCAAGAAACCGCCCAUCGACUGCUGACGGAAGUAGGAUCAAGAAAUUAUCCAGGCAGUAUAGUAUGGAAGAGGAGUUCGCGUUGUCUUCAAGGUAUCCUCGGUAGUUCUGCUUAAGCCCGAGCUCAUCAGUGCAUUAGUUUUCAACAUCACGUUUUUGGAGAUUCUGCUUUGCAUUCAUUUCCCUUGUGCAUCUGGUAUCUUUGCUCCUUUUCUUCAACCAGUUUUACUUUCAAAUAAACUUAGUGUUAGGACUCUCUGUCAUGUUAUAAACUUGUUGUAACCGGGCGCCUAGCUAUGCGGCAACUAUGG